AUGAAUUCCUUAAGGUUGAGUUCAGGAGUCAAGUCCUUGAAUAGACUAUUUGUAUCAACAAACAGACAAUUCCAUCAAGCUGCACCUGUAUUGUCUCAUAUUGGACGCCAACCCAUCGCAUAUGCUAACGACGUCCGCAUCGAACAUGACAUGACACUGAUCACUGAACCUCGUAUCCCCUCUGAAUACAACAACACUACCUUGACUAUCACUGGACCUUUGGGAAAAUUGCAACUACCCAUCAAGCCUUUUGUCAAGAUCGACCUCACCCCUGCACCCAAAGAUGAUCCCAAUGCUGAAAACAUUUUACAGGUCUCAGUACAGGAUGAUGGCAUCAAGCAACAAAGAGCAAUGUGGGGCACCACCCGUGCCUUGAUCAACAAUGCCAUUGUAGGUGUGUCUGAUGGAUAUAAGGUUCAUUUGCGUCUAGUUGGUGUUGGUUACAGAGGUAUGCUGGAGAACAAUGACAGAGUUUUAUCACUCAAGUUGGGUUACUCUCACCCUAUUCAAAUGGAUCUACCUGAGGGCGUCACUUGCUCUGUGCCUGCUCCCAACCGUAUCGUAUUGCAAGGCGUCAAUCUUCAACAUGUCACAGAAUUCGCUGCCAAGGUUCAACGUUGGAGAAUGCCAGAACCUUACAAUCAAAAGGGUAUUUUCAUCAAUGAUGAAACCAUUAAAAAGAAGGAAGGAAAGAAGAAAUAG